AUGCCUGCAUUUGACAAACACGAUUUAAGCGGUUUUGCUGGUAAACACAUUGUUUACACUUACGACAACGGCUGGAACUACGAAAUUUACGUUAAAAAUGAAAAGACAAUCGACUACCGUAUUCAUUCUGGUAUUGUUGGUGGUCGCUGGGUUAAAGAUCAAGAAGUCUACAUCGCUCGUGUCGGUGAACAAAUUUACAAGAUUUCAUGGACUGAACCAACUGGUACUGACGUCAGUUUGACUGCCAAUUUGACUGACUUAAUAUACCACGGUACCAUCUUCUUCCCACGUUGGGUUAUCAACGACCCAAAGAAGACUGUUUGCUUCCAAAAUGACUUCAUCCCAAAGAUGGAAGCCUAUCGUGCCGAAGGUCCGGCCUACCCAACUGAAGUUAUCGAUGAAUUCGCCACCAUCACCUUUAUUCAAGAUGCUGGUCUCAAUGAUAAUGAUCUGAUCAGUGUUCCACCUUCUGAGUUGCCACCAAACUUCCCAGAAUGUCUACGUAAGAACAAAUAA